UGUGGUCUUAAAUAAUUUUGGGAAUAAUAUUCUAUUAUACAUAUGUACACUUUAACUAUAUACAAUUUUUAUUUCUCAAUUACACUUCAGUAAAGCCGGGUGGCAAAAAGUUUGUGCUUUACUUCUCUGGCCUUGUGCAUAAAAGCCUGACCGAAUUAUUUAUAUGCAUUUCUAUUUUGGCCCAGAUACCUGUCAGGAGGUAGCACAAGAGAAAGAAAAUUUUCAUAAACAGAUACUGAAAUUUGUACGACUUUCAGAGAAAGAAGAUAUGUUUCCAACAUUCAAAUAUUGUGCAAUAGACUAUUUAUAUGAGAAUAUAGUUAGAAAGAAGUUUUGCAGAGAUGCUUUGUUGCUUCGAAUCCCUUCAUGUUUAUAUCAAGAUGGAAAUUAUUAUGCAGGAGUUAUUGAUAAUAAGUAUAGGAGGCCAUGGAUGAGAGCUUCAGCUGUUUCAGUGCCGGGAGUGACAGAUCUCUCAGUCUUGGAUCAAUGGAAAGCAAGUCUCUUUGUGGAGGAUUUUCUUGAGAAAAAAACAAUCACAGGAAUGGUGACCCAGAUUAACUGUGAAUUUGAGGAAGUUGUUCCAAGUUCAAACCCAAACUCCCAAAGUGAAGUAGAGGAAACCAGUUUAUACACCCAUGAGGACUACACUGAAGUCUUUACACUUGUCGGCGGUUUAGAAAAAUAUCCAGCACUUCAAGCACAGAAUGAAGAUUUUUCUAUUGAUGAAGAAAUAAUUUUUGUAAAUAGCUUGAUGUCCUAUAAAAGUCAGCUACCAACUUUGCAUACUCUGUUGAGUAGGCUAAAACUAUAUUUGAUAAAUGACCCCAUUUUAGAUUUCAAAGGACAGAUCUUCACAGAAGCUAAUUUCUUCAGGGAAUCUUUCUCUUUUCAAGGAGAUUUGAAAAAUUUUGUGAAAGAAGAUUUUUACAUGGAUAAAGAAAACUUUUGUCACGAAAAACUAGAAGAUACACCAUCAAUUUUGCUUGAGUGUGAAUUCUUAAUACCUACAAGCCUCAAACAAGAAGUUGAUAUUCCAUCACUCACCAAACUAAAGGAAUCAUUAAACUUAAUGCCAGAAAUAAUAAAUUAUGUAGAUGAAAAUGAAAAGCUUUUCAAAAGAGAUCUUACUACCAAGCAUGGAAUUGGCAUUGAGGAUAUAAAAUGCAGCUCCACAGAGAUUUUGUCCAUUCAAAGCUAUAGUGAACCGGAGUACAAUCAACCAGUCGAGUUAGAAAUGCCACUAACUCAUCUAUAUCAAACAAACCAACAUUCUUCCAUGACUUCAUUAACAGGACUUCAGACAUUUCCAUUUUCCCCUAGUGAAAAAAUUAGUUUGCUUACUGCUGAAGAAUCGGCUACCAAAUACUGUAUGGUGUGGCAGUUAGAAAGCUCUUUGAAACCAUUUUUGCUUACAGUACCAAGAACUGAAGAGCCCAAUAGUCAAUAUUCAGUUACAGAUUUGAAAAAGAUAUUUUCUAUUGAAGAAGAAAGCCUUGUAGUUGAUCCUGUAAACCCAGAGUGGUGGGAAAAAGAAGGACUAAAUCUAAUGGAGACAGAAACUUUGGAACAUCUGAAUGCAUAUUUGUGUCAUGAUGAUCUAUCUGCUGAUGAUACUAAAAUGGAGAUAUUUUUGCCUACAAAAGUACUUCAAUUUGAGUCAUGGCUAGAAUAUAAAAGUUGUUCCUCACCUAUUGUACUUAUUAAUGAGAAAUCUACAAAUGAUCAUUUAUUGCUCCCACAAAAGAUUUCAUCUCUGGCAAAAGAAAUACCAGACCUGUGUUUUUCUGAUGACUAUAUAUCUGUUAAAAGACCAACAAAAGAAGAAAAACCAAAGAAUGAUCUAGAAUUAGUUUAUAGAAUAAGCCAAAAUAAAGAAAAUGAAGAUUACUUGGAACUUAACUGCACAGUACCAUCUAUUGAAUCAUCUUCCUCUCCAAAAAUUGAAAAAUCAUCUUUUAAACAAGGUAGAAAAUGGAAGAAUGAUUUGGACCUUUUGAAUGACUUUAUUGUACUGCGAAAUAAACAUAGAACUUGCACCUCAAAGACUGAACUCACGGGCAGUAAAGAAAAUGAUGAAUUUCAAGAUAAAGAAGAACAUUCCUUGACUCUUCAAGAAGAAAGUCCCAUUGUUUGUACUAAUAAAGCCGUAGAGAAAAUAAGUCAGGAAAGGAAAGUAGACAAGGUCAUUGAAAUUCAAGCAUCAGAUAGCCAGUGCCAAGCAUUCUGUCUCCUAGAAGCAGCAGCUACUCCUAUCUUAAAAAAACUUGUAUGCCUCUGUAUUCUCCCUGCUGCUAAUUGGACAUUUGCCACUGUCAUUUUUGAUGAAACAAGAUUCCUCUUAAAGGAACAAGAAAAAGUAAUAAGUGAUGCUAUUCAGCAAGGUACGAAUGAUGAAAGAGAAAUGACAUACAAGCAUGCUGCUCUCUUACAUCUUCUGGUAACAAUUAGAGAUGUCCUUUUAACAUGCAGCUUGGACACAGCAUUGGGAUAUUUGUCAAAUGCAAAAGAUAUCUACAGAAGCAUUUUAGGCUCCUAUCUGGACAACAUUUGGAGACAGCUGGAGAUUGUACAGUUUGUUAGGGAAAAAAAGCCUGAAACCAAUUACAAGAUACAAGAACUGCGAUGCCAGAUACUAAAUUGGAUGCAGAGUGAACAGCAGAUUAAUGUGCUGAUUAUAAUAAGAAUGGACUCAGAUGGUGAGAAACAUUUACUCAUUAAAAUCCUUAACAAAAUGGAAGGUUUAACACUGACUGUCUUACAAAACAAAAGAAAUGAUUUUCUGGAAUCUGAAGGUGUUUUAAAUGGUACAAGUUCCUGUGUAGUUGCACAUAAUCAAUACAUUGGAGCAGAUUUCCCCUGGAGUAACUUCUCAUUUGUGGUGGAAUACAAUUUUGUAGAAAACUCUUGUUGGACUAAACACUGCGAGAAAUUGAAUAUUCCUCACAUGGCCUUUAAAGUGAUUCUUCCAGACACAGUAUUAAAGAGAAGCACCUUGCUGGAUAGUUUUGGGGGUUUUGUUUUGGAAAUUCAGGUUCCAUAUGUGUUUUUUGCAUCUGAAGGACUUCUUAAUACUCCAGAAAUUCUUCAGUUGCUAGAAUCCAACUAUAAUAUCACACUAGUGGAGAGAAGCUGCAGUGAGUCACUGAAACUCUUUGGAAGUACAGAGUGUUAUGUAGUGGUGACAGUUGAUGAAUACACCGCCAUAGUUUUGCAGGACCUAAAAGAAUUGAAUUGUGAGAAGGCAUCGGACAAUAUCAUUAUGAGACUGAUGGCAUUAUCAUUCCAGUACAGCUAUUGUUGGAUAAUUUUAUAUACCAAAAAAACAUUAAACUCAGAGUACCAUCUUACAGAAAAGGCACUUCAUCAUCUAGCACUGAUUUACGCAGCUUUGGUUUCAUUUGUGCUAAAAUCAGAAGAACUGGAUGUAAAGCUUGUACUUGCCCCAGGAGUGGAAGAGGCUGCACUGAUAGUUCGACAAAUUGCUGAUCACAGUUUAAUGACCUCGAAGAGAGAUCCUUAUGAAUGGCUGGAUAAAUCCUGGCUUGAAGUUUCACCAUCUAAGGAAGAAAUGUGCUUACUUGACUUUCCAUGUAUUAACCCAUUGGUGGCUCAGCUCAUGUUAAAUAAAGGACCAUCACUGCACUGGAUAUUAUUAGCAACUCUUUGUCAACUUCAGGAACUUUUACCUGAAGUUCCAGGAAAAGUCUUAAAGCAUUUUUGUAGCAUCACUUCCUUAUUCAAGAUUAGUUCUUCUUCCAUAACAAAAUCACCUCAAAUUCCAUCACCUCAGGAAAACGGGAAUCAGGCUAGUACCAUUACCAGUUCAGCUUCUGGCUCUUCAAACUCUGUCUUUCAAGAAUAUAAUGAAUACCAGAAUUCAGACAUAGGAGCCACAGUGCACAAAGACACAAACAUCACUUCAAACUAUAACUCUUCCCUUACGCAACUCAGAGAAAUGCCAUGCAUUUUAUCACCUGUGACUUCUUAUAAUCAGGCCAGCUACCAGAAAGACUCCAGUUGUAAUCCUAAUAUAGUACAUAAUCCUUUCCUAAUUAAUAUAGGAUCAAGGAACAUGGCUGGUAACUCCUUUCAAAACUGGAAUGAUUCAGAGUCAGAUGUUUUUUCUUUGGAUCUAACACAAAUGAACUGUGAAAAUAUAAUAUCACCAAUUGACACUCAGAAGAGAGUUGCCCCUAAUUUUAUAAAUAAUCAGAAAAAGGGAACACAUGUUGCAAAAGGACCUAUAAAUAAAGAAGUAUGUACUCCUAACUUUUCACUGGAAGGCUCUCAAUCUCCUCUUCCCUGGAACUUCAAGAAAAAUGUAUGGGAACAACAGAAUCACUCAUUCAACUUAGAAUAUGGUGAAAAGCAGACUACAUGUGACAAAUGGUACUCUCAGAAAGAUAAUUUAUUCCCUAAUCAGCAGAAAUGUCUAUCGGAUGAGGCAGAAAGCUUCCUUCAUCAAAGUUCAAAUGCUGGGACUAAAAAGACUUUCUGGAGAGAAUUACCAUCUGUCCCCAGUAUGGAUUUAUUGUGUGCUUCUGAUCCUAAUGUAAAUCAAAAAGAAUUCAGCAGUCUUUAUUUCCACCAAAGAGCUGGGAAAUGUUUAGGACAGAAAAGGCACUCUGAAUCUUCAUCUAACUCAGGAGACAAAAAAUCAUUACCAGAUCUCCUGUGUUCACAACUACCACAAUUCAAAAAACGGCGUCUAGUGUAUGAAAAAGUCCCUGGUAGAGUUGAUGGACAAACUCGUCUGAGGUUUUUUUGAAAGAAAAGAGUGUUCUGUGCCACAUUCCUUUGUUUUUGAUGAAAAUCCAGUAACAAAAUGAUAGAUUUGCUCAUUGAUUAAAGAAAAUUCUGUCGUUAGAUGUUCUUGGUGUUAUCCAUAUUAAAAUUUCAAAAUAUAUAUUCUGCCCUAUAGUUUACAUCUUUGUAAGUAAAAUAUUCUAAUUAGCAUAAUUGUCAUAACAUCCAAAUAUCUUCCAGAUUCACCCAAACAUUGCAAAGCUUUUUUUUAGAGCAAUAGUUACAACAUAUAUUUUUAGAAUAGCAAUAUAUACAUUUUAGUAUAUAUAUAUAAAAGGGAUAUUUAGUUGUCUUCUGAAAGCCAUGCUGCUUCCCACCUUUCUUCCAGCAAGCCUUUUUAAUUUUUUUUUAAUUUUUUAAUGUUCAUUUAUUUUUUUGAGAUAGAGACAGAGUGUGAGCAGGGGAGGGGCAGAGAGAGGGAGACACAGAAUCCGAAGCAGGCUUCAGGCUCUGAGCUGUUAGCACAGAGCCCGACACAGGGCUCGAACCCACAAACCGUGAGAUCAUGACACCGGCUGAGCCACCCAGGAGCCCUUCUUCCAGCAAGCCUUUUUUAAAUGAGCCUCCAUCUCAGUCUGACCCUUUAAGUCAAGAAGUUAAGAUCACCAGAGUUGACCCUACAUCACCAAGAAAGGGCAAAGUUAAUGUUAGAGAACUUCCUAUUUAAAAUGUUACCUUCAGGGGCACCUGGAUCGCUGGGUGGGUUAAGUGGCCAACUUCAGCUCAGGUCAUGAUCUCAUGUGAGUUGGAGCCCCGAAUUGUGCUCUCUGCUGUCAUCACAGAGCCCACUUCAGAUCCUCUGUCCCUCUUUCUCUCUGCUCCCUCCCUGCUCAUUCUCACUCUCUUUCUCAAAAAUAAACAUUAAAACAAAUUUUUUAAAAUAAAUAAAUGGUUGCCUUCAUAAACAAAAAUUUAAAGCAAAUUACUAAGAAAAUAUUUGCUACCUACAUAAUAAAAAAAAGAUUUACAUUCCUAAUAUACAAAGAAUCCUACAAAUUAAUAGGAAAAAAGACAACCUAAUAGAAGUGUGGGCAAAAUAUAUGAAUAGAUAUUACACAGAAGAAACAAAAAUAACCAAUAAACAUUGGAAACAACAUGUAGCUUCAUUACUGAUUAGGCAAAUGCAAAGGAAAACAGAACACCUAUCAGAUCGGCAAAAUAAUAUUCAGUGUCAGCAUAUUGGAGAAAGAAUAUUUUCCUAUAUUGUUAGUACAGUAUUUUUGGAAUACAGUUUGUAAAUAUAUACUAAAGUUUAUUUAUUUUGAGAAGAGUGUGUGUGUGAGAAGAGUGUAUGAAGAGACAGAGGGAUAGAGAAUCCCAAGCAGGCUCAGCGCUGUCAGCACAGAGCCCUAAGUGGAGCUCA